UUCCAGUUCUUUUGGCACAUCUCUACCUCACUCAUCUUUAGUCGGCUUUGUGUGUACGAGUGUUGUGUGGUGUGGUGUUGUGGAGGUAUUUUGUUUCUUAGUCUAUUUGAGAGUAAGGUUAUGUGGAUGUAUGACCCAGUGCAAUAACCAAUUCACUUUAUUUAAAAAGGUUCUUUGUUUUUUUAAGCCGAAAGUGAGGUUAACAUGAAUAAAGAUAGACGUUGGGUAAAUCCCAACGAUCCAGGUAUUUUAAGAAAGAAAAACGAUGAAAAUUUAGACUUGUUAGUGUUUGGCUAUAGUUGUAAAAUCUUUAGAGAUGACCAUAGAGCGUUGGAAAUGGACCAAGGAAAACAGUUAAUACCUUGGAUGGGAGAUGAAUCAUUGAAAAUUGACAGGUACGAUGCAAGGGGACAUUUAAGUGAUCUAUCCCCGUACGAAGGUGCAUCCCAAGUGUAUGUUCCCACAGCAGAAGAAAGGAAAAUUGAAGGGCUGUGUGACGAAGAGCGUUAUAGAGCUUUAAGUGUAAAUGAAGAGGAGUCACUUCUUUAUCAAGAAGAGGAAUUGAAACGGCUGAAACAGCUAUUGAAUACGGACAAAACCUACGGACAAGUAGCCUAUAAAUACACGGAAACCGCCCAAAUGUCUACUAAAUCGGAAAGUAGUAACUCUGAUGUCGUGGAACCGGACGAUGAAGAGUUCAUCCCAAGUCCGUUGUUGGAUAUACCACCUAACAUGUUGCUUCCGAGAACAGUUCGGAAAAACCAAAUCAUUGAGAAGACUGCUGCUCAUGUGGCUGUACAUGGGUCUCAAGUCGAAAUAGUUAUAAAGACGAGACAAGCAAAAAAUGAAAAAUUGAACUUCCUCCGUGUGGACAAUCCAUUGUACCCCUAUUACCAGUUUGUAUUGUCCAGCAUCAAAUCUGGUCGAUAUCAUAUACCAAGUUCUUCAAGCACAACAGCAGCAAAUGACUUGGAUCAAGAACACUACUUGCAUCCAAGCUUAGUCUCAACAGUAGAAGCGGCGCCAAGUAUUCCAAGCAUCCCAUAUAAGCCGUCUUCGGACUGCGCUUAUAAUGCUCUGGUGAAAAACAUCCGGACCGUGCAAGAAGCAGCGGAGCAGCCUCGAGAAGAGCCUGUACAGUCAUCACUGGAUAGUUCUUCAGAGGAAGGUCGCUCUAUGGCAGAGUGGACAACUGAAGAAAAUCCUUUGGUGUGGGCGGAUAAAUCCCCACGUUUACAGGCUCCCCCAGACCAUUUAUUUACCACGUCAACUAGUUCCCCUGGACCACCCCCUCCCACCGAAAGAAAGAAGAGGAAGUGGAAACCUCCUCAUUUAAUUCCGUCGGAUAAUAAAGCCAAGAGGCUCAUAUCUGGCAUGGUGAAAUAUGCACACCGAUUAAACCGAGAACCAUCGGCCCUGUUGUUCGCACUUGGUGGCUCGGGACCGAAUAUUAAUUUUACCCAACCUGGGCACUUCCUAUACGAAUACUAUAGAAAACAGUACAAAACCACCUUUCAAACCACAAACGAGCCAAGGCCCUACCCGGCAUAUAAUGGGGGCCCCACUGGAAGUGCACCUUCCGAUGGUAAUGAAAGACCAGACAUGCCGGAGGAACAAAAUACAAUCCAGGCACAAAUUCCAAACACACUUGGUGAACGAAGUAAAGAAGAGAGGUUGACUCCUGUAUUGAGACAUCAUAUGGAUGUUGUGGUACACAGUCCAGAGGCAAACGCACUUGGUGUACAAAUUGAAGAACAAUUAUCACCAGUACUGACAUCACCCCCAUUCAGGAUGAAAAGUAUAAAAAAUAAUGAAGACAAGGUACUAAAUGAAGUACCCCCAAAAGCUGUGCAAACCGCAGAAGCAAACAUCGCAGAAGAAAAAGUAUCCACAGCUCCCAAUGAAAAGACAAAGAGUAAACCCUCCACAAGUCAACUGUCACAGCCGUCCAGCUCUGGUGAUGGGAGCACAAGGACUGGUAAACCAGCUCCUGUGUCUUUCUCGAUUAAGAAACCUAAGGAAGAGCGUCUGGAGCAUGCCAGUAUCUUCCCUCUUGAGGAAUCUUCCAAUGAAGAGGAUGAGGAGGGGAAAGAACUCAAGAGUUCUAAUCAAAAAGUGGAGACGGAAAAGUCUCAAUCGCUUGAGAAGCAGCAAUCGCCCAUAAAGGAAAAUGUACGGGAAGAUCUCGACUUUUCUGCUGUUAUUGACUGGCUCAAUAAAGAGCAAGAAGAAAUCAAUAAAUCUAAGAAAAGAGCAGUAGAAAAGACCAGUGAUACCACGAGUCAAAAAAGUACAAAAGACCCAUCAACCAAAGACUCGAGGAGUAAGGACGUUGCAGCCAACGGCAAGCACGUGUCUGCUACCUGUUCGAGUGGAUUCGGCAGAAGAAACUCAAAGUCACCUACAAAGGGAGAGUCAAGAAAAACAGGUCCAAAAGCGAGCACGAAAGGAGAAGAACGGAGGAAAGGUUCAACCUCAAAAUCUGAAAACAAGAAGACCGGCCAUUCCACAAGGGACCAUAGCCGAAAGAGAAAGCAUGAGAGGAAGGAGACUUCGAGCUCCACAAAGAAAAUGGUUAAAAAGACUGCGGAUCUAGAAGAGGAGUUGUUUUCAGACUUAUUGUCAGUGUCAGAUGAUCCCGAUGUGGCCACCGGUUCAUCAGAUUCUGUGUCCAAUAGACCCCUUGACAGCAGGUUGAAGGAAGAGAGGAGGAGAAAAGUGAAGGAAAUGCUUGCAAAAUUCUCUCAUCCCGCAGCAGAUACUACAGGUUUAUUUUUAUCGAAGCCACGUUCUUCCACCUCAAAAAGUACGGAGGACACAGAGGUCCAUUCUUCAGCAGAAUCAAGCAUAUAUCUAUCGACCCAAUCUUCUGCUAAUGGAAAAUCCUCACGGGAAAACACUGACUUUGCUUCUUCGCAAGAAAACCUUAUCUCGCCUGAAAAAAAGGAAACAGCCAAGCCACCUGCUGAAGAGACUGAGGAAAUGAUGCGUCAGCGCGUAAAAGAAGCCUUGACACGUUACAAUAAGGCUGCUUCAGAAACAUUCCCGAUCCACUCGGACCAACCUAAUUCCCCAAUGGCCGUCCACAUCAGAGAUGCCCCCUUACAUUUGAUGUCUUCGACGAUAAAGAAGAUUGAAGAAGAAACAGAGAAACAUCAAAAAUCUCCUACUGCUCAAAACUUCAAUCCCACGGGAAUAUGGGAUCCAGAUAAUCCCACACCAUCAACGAGUAAUUCUACGGACAUACGAUAUUCAAGAGACUCCCCAAGCAAGACAAAACCACAGCGCUCCAGUAGGCCCCCCCCUGGCUUUGAAGCGCGCUCCAUUAGGCCCCCCCCUGGCUUUGAAGGAGUUUCUCCAUCGCAUUUUGACUUCUCUAUAAUCAAUUUAUUGAUAAAUGACUCGACAACAGUUGUUGACAAGACUUCGAACACAACAUAUAGACUGGUAGGAAAAUCUUCACAAGAGCCUGAAGGAACACAAGCCGUACAAAAACCUGAAAAAACUGCAACUCGUACUAGUUUGAAGAAAAAGUCUUCCCGUUCCAAAAGUCCUGAUGUGGAAACUGGCAGAGUAGACAAGACAUCCAAAAUUGAGGAAGAAAACACAAAGAAGAGGACUCAGAAAAAGCACCAUCACUCCCACAGUCACAAGUCUAAGAAGAAUCGCAAGAAGCCAGAGAAGUACUCAAAGCAGUCCAAGCAUUCACGAAGUGCGUCCACUUCAUCUUCAUCUUCAAAUUAGAUGUGUUUUUAGUAUUAGUAUUUUUUAAGUUUUAGUUUUUACAUUUCUUUAUUUUCUGUCCUGAACAAUACCUAGCUAGGUAUAUGUUAUGAACAAUAGUGUGCUAGUUUUGUUCCAUUAUUUUAAUUUACUUAAUUGUGUUAAGGAAUUUUCAAGUAAUGAUUUCCACACAUGCUCCAUUUGCAAUAUUUCUACUGUUAAAAACAUUCUUAUAUGAUUUUGUGCCAAGCUUGUGAUUUUAACUGACUUUUAUGUUCCAUUAUUUUAAUUUACUUAAUUGUGUUCAGGAAUUUUCAAGUAAUGAUUUCCACACAUGCUCCAUUUGCAAUAUUUCUACCGUUAAAAACAUUCUUAUAUGAUUUAGUGCCAAGCUUGUGAUUUUAACUGACUUCUUAUGUUUAAUUAUUUUAAUUUACUUAAUUGUGUUAAGGAAUUGUCAAGUAAUGAUUUCCACACAUGCUCCAUUUGCAAUAUUUCUACUGUUAAAAACAUUCUUAUAUGAUUUAGUGCCAAGCUUGUGAUUUUAACUGACUUCUUAUGUUUAGUUAUUUUAAUUUACUUAAUUGUGUUAAGGAAUUUUCAACUAAUGAUUUCCACACAAGCUCCAUUUACAAUAUUUCUACUGUUAAAAACAUUCUUAUUUGGUUUUGUGUAAAGCUUGUGGUUUUGACUGACAUGUAAGUAAUGUACGUAUGUAAUUAAUUAAAUAUUUAAAAAAACUUGUUUUUGUACGAUUUUUAUGUAAUAAAACAAUACCAGUUACCAAAGAUAAUUGAGUUUUCAUUUAGAAUUCAAUUAUGAAGGAACCCCUUAUUUAAUUGAAAAUACAGCCUAGCCUGAAUGCUCAAAAGACAUUUUGCUACAAGAAGUAUUUUCUCUUUUCACUUUUUAACAAAACAAUGUGGCUUUAGAUGUCAGCUCAACUUUUAAACCAGUACAUCCCAUCUUGGUUGUACCCAUCAUAGUGAAUAAUUCACUGUCAUUUUGAUUUAUUUUUUUCUAUAAUUGCUGGUAAUUUUUUCCAAACCCUAGACUGUUUCCCUAGUUAUAGUAAGUAUUUUUAAAAUCAUUUGUGAAAAUAUAAAUAUAUUUUUUUAAUAUUGA